AAGAAAAAACAGAUCACAGAUUAAUAGGUAGAUGCAGUGAUCGAAAGUAUAUCCGAUUCGCGCGCGGGUUUAAUAGUUCGACGGUGAUCCUAUAUGAGGGACUGUUAGUGAUUUUUGUGUAUUCUGAAUUAUCUUAGACUUGAGAUAUUGUUAAUAUUGUUAGAUAUAAUAGGCCUCCACCAUGUUAGAAAUAUCAAAAAAAUUGGCAGGCCUUUACCAGCCUUACGUUCUUGCCAUAGUGUCAAUAGGAUAUGUGUUGGGUGAACUAGGACACUACAUGAUUGGUGUGACAAGUAAAGCAAUUGCAACGGACCUUCACUAUGGUGAUAUAGCAUGCCAAUUAAACACAACUGAAUACUAUAUCAGCGACCUGCCUGCCGAUUGCGCCGAAGCAAACAAUUCGGAAACAUGUUUGUCUUACAACAUUAAUGGAACACCCUACUGCGAAUGGACAUACAACGGACUUGGUUUAGACUACCAAGUCUUGGCCGGUCCUAGCUUUAUAGCUGUGUUUACUAUAGUCGGUGUGAUAAUGGGAUAUUUAGCAGAUAAAUUUAACAGAGUAAGGAUGUUAGCCGUAUGCACUGUAGUAUUUUCUGUGGCUAUCAUUAUCAGCGGUGCAGUAACUGAAUAUUGGCAACUGGUACUACUCAGAAUGAUAAUGGCUGCAGGCGAAUCAGGAUGCAAUCCAUUAAGUACUGGCAUCCUGUCCGACAUUUUUCCAGAAGCAAAAAGAGCCCUGGUAAUGUCAAUCUUUAAUUGGGGUAUUUACGGAGGAUACGGGAUUGCGUUUCCAGUUGGAAGGUAUGUGCCCCCCGCAAACGUAUGGGGUUUAGGAUGGAGGAUAUGCUACUACGUAGCCGGCAUCAUUUCUCUUAUUUUUGCCUUCUUGACAUGGUUUACGCUUAAAGAACCCGAAAGGCAAUCUAUCGGAGAGGAUGCUGCUGGACAAGACAAUCCGGAUGCAAAAAAAGUUACAAUGUGGACGAUCGUGUCAGAUCCCAGAAUUAUUAUGUUAUGUUUAGCUGCUUCAAUUAGGCAUUGCGGUGGUAUGUGCUUUGCAUACAACUGCGACUUGUAUUACCAGAUUUACUUCCCGGAUUACGAUUUAGGUUGGUGGUUAUUUGCCGUCACUAUAAUCAUCGGAAGUAUUGGAGUGGUAGCUGGUGGAAUUUUGUCUGACAAAUUCGUAGCUAAAAUGGGUAUUAGAUCAAGAGUGAUUGUACUCGCAGUUAGCCAAAUUCUAGCUACCCCAGUAGCGUUUGGAAGUGUUUAUUGCGAGCCAGUAGGAGCUAUGAUCACCUUAGGAAUAUCUUACUUCUUCGCCGAAAUGUGGUUUGGAAUCCUAUUCGCAAUCCUAGUAGAAAUUGUUCCACUCCAUCUUAGAUCGACAACUGUAGGAUUAUUUUUGUUUGUAAUGAACAAUAUUGGAGGCAACUUACCGAUUGCUGUAGAGCCAGUGUCAAAGGCUAUUGGCUACAGAGAAAGUUUAUACAUCUUUUACGUUGGAUUUUAUGCAGUCAGUUCAAUCAUGUUUUUGUUAACGGUGUUCAUCAUGCCAGCAGGAGGCGGUUCACCCGCACCGGCUCCAGUAAAAGAAUUGACUGGUCAUGACAACACGGUUUAUAGUCACGACGAAACCAAUUUGCCUACCAUAACGUCUUUGGUGAGGAACAGCAAACGAAACAACACCGAGAAUAGUAGACUGUGA